GGUAUGGGACCCACCACGUGUCAUCAUCCGGUUAGUCCAAUGUCUUUUUAUGAUUGGCAGGUAACCGUAGAUUUCCACUAUCAAAUUUCACGCCCUUCACUAGGCAAUAAAAUCUCCUUUCCAUGCCUCUAUAUAUAACCCGUUUCUCAUCCCAGCUGUUCGAAUGUGCUUUUACAAACCCAAACCCCUCCAUUUCCAUGCCCCCACCCUCUCCUCCUUUGCUCGUUUUUCCUUUUUAUCCACGGUGAUACGUCUCUCAGCAUGGCAUCGAUGCAAAAGCAAGAGCUUGGGGAAGAUGAAGACAUGAGAACCGUUGAUCUUAGAAUCAACAGCAGAGAAUUAUCAAACAUUCGAGCACGCCCCACUAACAGGAAAGACUGCAACGACAUGUCGGUAGCACUCAAGGAAGAGCCAAGCACAGAGGAGAGAUCACCUACACCACCAUUAGGUGUCAUGCCGUUAGCAGCAGUUUCCAUGCCAUUAACCACAGUAACCCCACUAAAACGGCCAUCAACAAAAGACCGACACACCAAGGUGGAGGGUCGAGGCCGGAGGAUCCGAAUGCCCGCAGCAUGUGCUGCCCGGAUCUUUCAACUAACCCGAGAAUUAGGCUAUAAAUCAGACGGUGAAACAAUCAGGUGGUUGCUUGAACAUGCUGAACCUGCCAUAAUUGCAGCAACAGGAACCGGCACAGUCCCUGCCAUUGCCAUGUCUGUUAACGGAACCCUCAAAAUCCCAAUAACAACUAACUCCAGCUCCGGACUUGGCCAACCGAACGCUACAAAGAAUCGCAAACGACCCGCUAAUAGCGAGUACGUUGAUGUCAACGACACCGUUUCUGUCUCGGCUUCUCUCGCUCCCGUGACAACGCAACAGCCGCAGUCACAACCGCAGUUACCACCUCAGCCACAACAAACAGUCGCGGCAGUGCCACAGGGUUUAGUGCCCAUGUGGGCCAUACCAUCCAAUGCUGUCGUUCCAGGGGCGUUCUUUAUGGUACCGUCCAUUGCAGGACCGUCUAACCAGCCCCAGAUAUUUACGUUCCCGGCUGCGGCUACCCCUCUGAUAAAUAUUUCGGCAAGGCCAAUUUCAUCUUUUGUGUCUUCCAUGCAAUCAAAUAUGGCAGUGGCUGUGCCAGUUUCAGGUUCUAUGACCGCGAAAGGUAUUUCAAUGAUGGCACCAAGUUCAAGUUCUGCCUGUACUGUCAGUACUACAAGUACAACUACUAAUAGAACUCCUCAAAUGCUUAGAGACUUCUCUUUAGAGAUUUAUGACAAACAAGAGUUACAGUUCAUGUCUCGAUCUUGAAAGCAAUGACAAAAAUUGAUGGUUUUCAUUGGUCA